AUGUUUCUAAGAUCGUCAGACAUGAAAAUCAAUGUAAGCUUCGACUGGAAAUUCUUAGACACUGGCCUAGUAUAUCGGUUUAGAGAUCAAGAUAAUCGUGUAAAGUUUAAGCCACUGUGUCCAGCAGCCUCAGAUGCUCUUUUGAACAUAUAUCGUACUUUUCCAUUGCCAGAAGAUAUUAAUGUUACCUCACUUAAAAAUGGGAAACUCACUGUAAUGAAUGUACAUAUCAAAUUCCAGCACUUUUUUGUACUUGAGAAGAAUCAGCUCGCCCCUGAAUCGCGGCAUGUAAAUUCACUAAUUCGUGAUUAUGCACGUUAUCCGCAGUUCGAUUUUAUGAUUGGAUACUUAUUUAUCCAAGUGUCUGUAAGCCCUUUCGAUCAACAUAAUAAGGAAUCCGCAAAUAUUAACAAAGCAUUUGAACGAUACUGCAAAGAAGGCAAUGAUUCAAGAAACCAGAUAGAGUUGUAUUUGGAUACGACAUUUGGUGGUCAGCAUACGGCUUUACACAUAAAUGGCAAGUUUGUCAUUCUUAAAAAUAAUAUCCCUAUUGCACAAGACUUCCGAAUUGUUUAUAUGUGUGGCAGUCCUGUUUCUCUUAACCAUACUCGCUUAGUUAAAAAAUAUCAAGAUGUAGCGUUUAUCUCUUAUGAAGAGAUAAAGUCUAAGCUCUUAGCACAGGCAAGGAAAUCUCUAUUUGGCAAUAGAAUGUCAUUCAACCGGAAGGAUAGCUGGGCUAGUUGA